GAAAAUUCUUUUCUUAAAUUUAAAAAUGAGAUCAUUGAAAUAUUAAAAGAUAAUUUUGAAAUUAAUAAAUAUUUUGAUUCUGAAAUAAUUUCGAACGAUCGUGACAAAGAUAUAAUGAUUUCAAGAGAAGGUAUUGAAAUUUUGAUUACGUGUAAAUACAGACUAGUUAAAAAUAUUCGAUUUUCUGAUGUUGAAAUAACUGCUGCAGCUAGCAAACUCUACAAAGUUCAAGAUGUUAUUGUUACCAAUCUUGGAUAUAGUGAAAAAGCUAAAAAGAUUGCAAAAGAAUAUAAGAUUUUAUUAACUCAAAAAUCUGAUAUUAAACAUAAAUUA